AUGGUUGACAGCGAGGCUGUGUUCCAGGCACGAGGUCCUGUCCCCUCAUCCUCGGACGUCAUCCGUACGAUUGUCACAGAGGUGGAGAUCAAGAAAAUGGACACCUUUUUUGACUGGAGGGUGGACGUGCAAUCUCUUUGGUCCAAUGGCUUCAGCUUGAAGAACCUAGAACCGGAGAAGCUGGCUGUAUCUUUUACUGUUCUGGGAGUGGGGCCUAGAUCAACAUUUGGUGGCAUGAUCAGCUGGGAACAUCUAGAAAACCUGAGAAGCCAGGUGAUCCUGUUGCUUGGAACUCUGUAUGCAGUGCAGAAUAUCUCACUGGCUGAAGUUGGGAAUACCCACCAUGGCAUAGAUAUCAAUGGAAUGGUCUACGUCAAUACCAACACCCACGUGGACAUUGGCUGGGCUCUAGAAGUCCUGAUGGGGCUUUCAAACUAUUCGGUGGACCUCACUUCUCUCUCCAUCAAUGGGUCAAAGCUCAGCCUCCAGGUCUUCCCAGUUUCUUUCUUGGUAACCAAUCGAGUGUUCGAUGAAAGGAUGAUGGACCGUUCUUCUGCAGAACAUCAGCACAUUGCGAGGGAUCUCUCUGAGACGCUAAUGCACAUCCUGAGCAAGUACACAAGCCUCCUGCAAGUGGCAAUCCGAGAGAUCACAGGUGGUUCCCUGGUAUGUCACGGAGAUGCCAUAUUCCACCAUCCAGCUCCAACCAGCAAGGAUGUCCUGCAGACGCUUUCUCUUUCUGUUGGUCCAAAUGAUUACCUGGAUUCAUCAAGCUUUCAGGUUGACCCAUUCUCCUUUACUGUAGCAGGUGAUGGGCUGGAGCCUCCCUUUCCAAACCCGGGCUUCCCUGGUUAUGGCAUCGCCAUCAUUGUUUUGUGUACCCUGGCGCUCAUUGCUUUUCCCAUCCUGGCUUUGCUGCACUACUCCUGGGCUUGGGUGGACCUUUCCCAGCCCAGGGCUUUGUCCAACUUGAAGCCUGUGGCUGUGCAGUGUGGGGAGGCACAGGUGGUGGUAACAGUGAAGAGAGACCUGUUUGGGACCGGGAGGCUCAUCCAAGCGGCUGACCUGGCCCUGGGCUCUCAGAGUUGCCAGCCCACAUCUCUGGAUGCUGCAGAAGACACGGUGAUCUUUGACGUUGGGCUCCAUGAGUGUGGCAGCGCUGUGCAGAUGACCUCGGAUUCCCUGGUCUACAGCAUAAGCCUCUACUACCACCCAAAUCUUGGAAGCAACCCAGUUGUCGUCAGGACCAGCCCGGCCGAGGUUCCAAUUGAGUGUCACUAUCCGAGGAAAGACAACGUGAGCAGCAAAGCCAUCCAGCCAACCUGGGUUCCUUUCAGCUCUACCAUUUCUGCAGAAGAGCGGCUCACCUUUUCACUGCGUUUGAUGAACGAGGAUUGGAGUGCUGAGAGGACCUCUAGCAGGUACCAGCUGGGAGACGCCAUGCACAUCCAGGCUGAGGUGAACGUUGAGAACCACGUGAUGCUGAGGCUCUUCAUUGACAACUGUGUGGCCACCUUAAGCCCAGACGCGAGCUCUUCUCCCAAACACAUGAUAAUUGGCUACAAUGGAUGCCUGGUGGAUGGGCGAUUGGAAGACUCCAGCUCGGCCUUUGUGUCUCCAAGAUCCAAGCAAGAUUCCCUCCAGUUCACAGUUGAUGUCUUCAGGUUUGCGGGAGACAUCAAGGACUUGUUCUACAUUACUUGCCACUUGAAAGUUGCAGCAGUUGAUCAACCCCUGGGGCCUUUGAACAAAGCCUGCUCUUUCAACAAAGCAAGGAACAGUUGGUCCCCAGUUGAAGGUACCGUAGACAUUUGUAGCUGCUGUGAGACGAAAAACUGUGGGUUACCCGAAGGCCAGCCUGCAAGAAUUAAUUCCAGGUGGAGAGGAGCAGGCGGACGCUUCCAGAGAGAUGCUUCUUCCAUGCAUGGUGACUCUUCAGUGGAAAUAGCAGAAGCUGAUGUCUCGAUAGGACCUGUCAUCCUGGAUGUCCAAAGGACUCCUGGGCAUCAUCUGGAAGAUCAAGAAACAAUUCACCUAAUGGGACAAGGUGUCCAUGAGAAAUCUUUGCUUAUCAUGAUGGCACUCACCAUAGCAACUGCUCUUCUCGCUUUGGCCUCCGUGACUUUCGGGUUUCUCCUUGCCUGCAAGAAAAACAGGUGUGCGAGUGCCUGA